AUGGCUGACUUUGGACCACGUGCGCCCCAUGGGCCCGAUAUGACGGGCGACCACGCGCCGCUAGAGGACAUGGAUAUCAAUGAGAAGGGAGCUUUCGACGCUCUCAUUCGUCCGGAUGACAGCUAUACCGCGGACGGCACAUACUGGGCGGACUUGUCUCUGUUCAAGAAGAUCAAGUUCGUUAGCUCGUACGAUGCGGGCGAGGCCAAGCGUGAGCUUAGCGACAUCUGGGAGAUGACCAAGAAGGAUCCUCUGUCCCCGGUCUCUUAUUAUUUCCGGAACAUGGUCCUACCUGGUGCUGGUCUUGGUCUGGAAGGUUACGUCCUGUUCUCGAUCGGAAACCUAAAACCCCUCUUCCAAGCUGCCUUCCCCUCCUGUUGGUCCACUCACGAAAUUUGCAAUGCUCAAUGGCUCAAUGCGAUCGAUUAUCUCGAGAUCUGCGGUAUCAUUGUUGGCCAGAUUCUGGUUGGAAUUGUUGGUGACUGGCUCGGUCGACGAUGGGGUUUAAUUCAGGAUGCCGCAAUCAUGUUUGUCGGUCUUUUGAUGCUUACCGCGGCCUGGGGAGUCACUCAGAAUGGCUGGAUUAUCUGCUACGCCUGGUCUCUGUUCUUCUAUGGCAUUGGUGUUGGUGGUGAAUAUCCCAUGACUGCGACCAGUGGUAUGGAGAACGCUGUUGGUUCCGGCAAGGUCUCUACGAAAGAGGACCGCCUGCACCGUGGCCGCAAGGUUACCAGCGCUUUCUUGAUGCAGGGUUGGGGUCAGUUCUUCAACCAGGUCUUGCUCAUUAUCCUGCUGCUUUGCUUCCACCAUGGCAGCGGCAACCCUUCCUACUCCACCGUCUCUUCUCAGUGGACUUACCGUGUCUCUUUCGCCAUCCCCGCUGUCGGUACCCUGUGGCUCGUGUACUACCGUGCGUACCACAUGAAGGCUGCUAGCAAGCAGCUCCAGGCGGCCAAGAAGAAGGCUUCGGUUACUGGCUACGAUAUCAAGUCGCUUCAAUUGACCUUCAAGCACUUUGGUUUCCGUCUCGUUGCGACUGCGGGAGCCUGGUUUGCCAACGACGUCUUCUUCUACGGAAACAAACUGUUCCAGUCCGAGUUCAUCAAGGUCAUCAGUCCUCACACCGAGUCUAUCAUGCCUGGUUGGCUCUGGAAUUUGUGCAACGUCGGAGUCUCCCUCGUGGGUUACUACCUUGCUUCUUUCCUGAUCGACAACAAGCUCUAUGGGCGCAAAUGGAUGCAGAUCGUCGGUUUCAUGAUGGACUUUAUCCUCUUCAUUGUUCCCGCAUUCAACUUUGAAUACUACACCUCCCCCGAGCACAUCAAGGAGUUCCAAGCUAUGUACUUCUUGAGCUCCUUCUUCAACCAGUUCGGACCCAACUCGGUCACCUUCUUGGUCGCCGCCGAGGUCUUCCCUACUCCCAUCCGCGCUACCGCCCACGGUCUCUCUGCGGCUGCCGGUAAGCUCGGUGCUCUCCUCGCCUCGGUCCUUUACAACUACAUCACCACACAACAGAAGUUCUACGUCGUUCCGUGGUUCGGCCUCGCAGGUGUCAUUCUAACCUGGCUCUUCCUCCCUGACACCACUGGACUCGACUUGAAGGAGCAAGAGCGCCGCUGGAAGUACCUCCGUGAGGGUCGCGAGGAAGAAUACCACGGACCCGCUGUCCACCCCAAGCACCUUUCCAUCUGGGAGCGCUUCCGUGGAAAGGGCAAGUACUAUGACGCCGAACUCGACUACAAGCAGAAGGUUGAGGAGUUCCGCGCCGAGUGGGAAGCUGCCAUGAGCUCAAGGAUUACUGAGAAGGACAAGGCUAUGGAAGACGAAACCGACGAGGAUCUCCUUCAGGGUCACGUCCACUCCUACUUCCACCGCACGAGUCCCAUGUUCCGCGGUAUGGAGGAGAAGCCCAACAAGGGUGAUAACUUUGCUCUUCCCCCAGCCGCGCGAGCAGAAGACGACUCAUCGGCGACCUCGGUUGAAAAAUAA